AUGAGUACAGCAACCCAAACUAUCACUGCAUCUCCAGCAGCAGUAGCAACAACAACAACAAUCACAACACCACCAACAGGAGCAUUCUUUCAACCAUUCAUUGGCAAUCGCGUUAAACCAACAUACCCAUUAAGACAAGUUCAACGCAUUAGAAAACAAAUAUCAUCUACGUUAAAUAGACAUACAGGUGGCGACCAAGAACUACAAUCAGAGGUUCUAAGAAGUUUCAGCAUAUCUAAACAUGGAAGAGGUAUCAAGAUGUUGCUCGAUCCCAAAGGAGAAAAGAUCUACAACGAUGGUACAGUUUUUAUGGCUACAAGAGAUUAUAGUUGUCUCAACAUCAUUAGAAAGAUGCACAAGGAAGCAAAAGAUGGGAAAAAGAAUCAUUUUACAAAAACACAAAUAUUAUCAUCGGUAUCACCUUUUCAUACUGCCACAACUAAGAGAUUUUGGUUUCAAAAUGAUUUGAAUGUGUAUUGUAACAUUGCUCACAAGACUAUAGAUGCCAAAAUUCAUCCAGUUGUAUUUAAAGAGAUAGGUUCUAUGAUUACUUUGAACUUCAAGGUUGAACAUUACGAGUCAAAUGAAUAUAGAUCCUAUCAGAGAUCUGAUCAUUUGAUUUCAACAUAUAAUGAUUUAAUCUUUAUUCAAGGAUCCUUUGACAAAGAACCAAAAUCUUUUAUAAAUAUAUAA